GAGGAGGAGGAGGAGGAGGAUGCCACAGACACUCGCCAGCUCCGGUCUGCACCAUGAGUGAUGAGCGGCGGCUGCCUGGCAGUGCGGUAGGCUGGCUGGCGUGUGGAGGCCUGUCGUUGCUAGCCAAUGCCUGGGGCAUCCUCAGUGUGGGUGCCAAGCAGAGGAAGUGGAAGCCACUGGAGUUCCUGCUUUGCACACUGGCAGCCACCCACAUGCUCAACGUGGCAGUCCCCAUUGCCACGUAUGCUGUCGUGCAGCUCCGGAAGCAGCGUCCCGACUACGAGUGGAACGAAGGCCUCUGUAAGGUCUUUGUGUCCACCUUCUACACCCUCACUCUGGCCACAUGUUUCUCCGUCACCUCCAUCUCCUACCACCGCAUGUGGAUGGUCCGCUGGCCCGUCAACUACCGGCUGAGCAAUGCCAAGAAGCAGGCUGUGCACACAGUUAUGGGCAUCUGGAUGGUGUCCUUCAUCCUGUCGGCCCUUCCUGCCGUUGGCUGGCACGACACCAGUGAGCGUUUCUACACCCACGGCUGCCGCUUCAUCGUGGCUGAGAUCGGCCUUGGCUUCGGAGUCUGCUUCUUGCUACUGGUGGGUGGCAGCGUGGCCAUGGGCGUGGUCUGCACAGCCAUUGCCCUCUUCCAGACACUGGCCACGCAGGUGGGGCACCGGGCUGACCGCCGUGCCUUCACUGUGCCCACCAUCGUGGUGGAGGAUACACAGGGCAAGCGUCGCUCUUCCAUUGACGGCUCGGAGCCUGCCAAAACCUCGCUGCAGAUUACGGGCCUGGUGGUCACCAUCGUGGUCAUCUAUGACUGCCUCAUGGGCUUCCCUGUGCUGGUGGUGAGCUUCAGUAGCCUGCGGGCUGACGCUUCAGCGCCCUGGAUGGUGCUCUGUGUCCUGUGGUGCUCUGUGGCCCAGGCCCUGCUGCUGCCUGUGUUCCUCUGGACCUGUGACCGCUACCGGGCAGACCGCAAGGCAGUCUGGGAGAAGUGCAUGGCCCUUAUGGCCAAUGAUGAGGACUCUGACAAUGAGACCAGCCUAGAUGGUAGCAUCUCCCCCGACCUGGUAUUGGAGCGCUCCCUUGACUACAGCUAUGGAGGUGACUUCGUGGCCCUGGACAGGAUGGCCAAGUAUGAGCUCUCUGCCCUGGAGGGAGGCUUACCCCAGCUCUACCCUCUGCGGCCACUGCAGGAGGAUAGGAUGCAGUAUCUGCAGGUCCCGCUCACACGGCGGUUCUCCCACGAUGACGCCGACGUAUGGGCGGCCGUCCCGCUGCCCACCUUCCUACCGCGCUGGAGCUCCGGCGAGGAUCUGGCAGCCCUGGCGCACUUAAUGCUGCCCGCGGGGUCCGAUCGGCGGCGCGGGAGCCUUCUGGCUUUCGCCGAGGACGUGCCCCCAUUUCGCCCGCGCCGUCGCUCGGCCGAGAGCCUGCUGUCUCUGCAGCCCUCGUCCCUGGACGGCGGCCCGCGUCGCACCCACGACUCGCCUCCCGGCAGCCCGCGUCGCCGCCCGGGGCCUGGCGCCCGCUCCGCCUCGGUCUCGCUGCUGCCGGACGCCUUCGCGCUGACCGCCUUUGAGCGUGAGCCGCAGGCCCUGCGUCGUCUGCCCGCCCCAGCGCGGCCUUUCCCCGCCGCCUCCGACGGGACGGAGCCUGGUGAGGUCCUGACCCCUCCUGGCGGCCGUACGCAACGCAGCCACGGACGCCGGGCCACGCGCGCACACGCGGGGCCCCUGCAGACUGGCCUGAGCGCAUCGUGGGGCGAGCCCGGAGGCUUGCACGCGGCGGGCGGCGGCAGCACCAGCAGCUUUCUGAGCUCGCCUUCCGAGUCCUCGGGUUACGUCACGCUGAACUCGGACUCGCUGGGCUCUGCGUCCUAGGGCCGUCUGGGUCCGCCCUAGGGACGCCAUGCAGAUGAGAGGCACAGCACCAAAGAUGCCAUCGCAUGUGUUAGGCACGCGGACAAGUGCCACCCACCCUAGGGGUGAAUGGAUGGUGGACUCUGCGCCCCUCUGCGCCUUCCUUCUGAUAUCUCCUGGAGGGACGAUGGCCGCCUUUGAUGGCUGCACAGGACACAGACCUGCUGCUGGGCACGGCAUCUCCCAGGAAGGGACAGGCUGUGCCUUUGUAGUGAGUGGCAUCUGCACAUUUACUACACCUUCCCCAGCCCUCUGAGGCUAGGCUGGGGUGUAUAGGAGACCCUGAGACCUGACCACCAUGAGAAAGGACCAAGUUCCUUCUCUAAGAAGCUUAAGCCAGAAGCUACUGGAUCGCAUUCAACUUCACUCGUACUGCCUCUGCCUCACCUCAAGGGUGUGGCAUGUAGAGCGUCUGUAAGCACAGGGGUCUUCAAAACCCAAACAAGUUCUACUGAGCAGGCUUCCUUGUGACCUGCCUCAGUUUCCCUAUCUCUGAUGAGUGAAUGACCGACCAUGAUACAUCUCUCAGGGCUGUUUGAAGAACCCUCCUGGUCUUAGGGCCCUUUGUGAGGGUCAGCCUUCAGCAGUUGACCCCCAGAUCUGAGGCCUCCCCAUCUCGAUGACCUUUGCCGUCUUGGAGACUCACUUUAGCUAAAGCACAACACCAUGGGUGUAACAGCCACUUUGACCCCACUAGUGUCCCCAUGCUCGAGACUACACCAUAUUGCCUGUCUCCCACUAAGUCGGCCGUUCUGUGAUCCUGCCGUGAAGGCUGCGGGUACCUGGUGCACAGAGCUAAAGCAAAUGGAAGUGGGGUUCCCCGUCUUGGUGCCCAUCUCCAGCUCUGCCUCCCACCCACACCGGCAAAGGUCCCGCAAAGGGUGUCCUGUCCCCUCCUCCACUGGAAAGAAGGGCUCUCCCGGGUAGACCUCUCUCUGGGCUGUGGCAGGGACGUAGGUCUUCCCAGGAAAUACCCAGGCUGUGAGCUGGGGUGGGUAGCACCACCACCGUACAGCAGAGCCUCUGUGUUGGGACCAGGAGACAGUCUCAAAGGCCAGCACAGAGCAGCCUGUGUCCCGUUCUCACUGCCCGAUGGCCAGGCCCAUCUCCUCUCCCUCUCCAGACAGAGUUCCAACUCCAGAUGAGGAUGGGGAUGGGUGACUGCCCUGUCCUAGGCCUCAGAGGACCCUGUAGUCCCUGGGUAAGUGAAAGAUUAGACACCCCAGAUGAGCAGGGGGCUGCAGUCAGUCCAUCUUUGGACAUGGGAGAAGCUUCCUCUGGUUAUUUGCUGCUGUGCCUUCAGGGACUGAUGUCAUGUGGGGGCAGAGGCCACCAGCUAGCCACUGUCUCCCUCACCGGCCUCAAAUUGUCAAUUUAUCACCUUGGGUUUUCACUCUGUUUUGUAUUCAACGGCAAUACUUGUAGUGGGGACCUUGUGUCCCCAAGUCACUCCUACUUUAUACAAAACUUUAAGGGCAAGCCCCAAGCAGCGGACCCUGGGCACCAGGGCUCUUCCCCACCCCUGUUCAGCCUCCUUGUUUGCUGAUGCCUGUAAGGACCUUGGCGGUGAGUUACUGAUAAGAGCACUAUCUGUAUACCACCGCCUAGCCCAGAGUCAGGGAUGCGUUUGUAGAUUUUUGAAAAACAUUUCUCUUCUGUACAGGACCCAAUAAAAAUUUCCUCAUGG